AUGCCCCAGCGUCACCCCAACCCGGGGGCCCAGCAGGUGGCGCCCAAGGGGUUCCCCGGCGACGGCGCUCGCCGAAGGAGCGACCCGCUGCUGCCCAGGCUGCCUGCGCCCCAGCUGCGAGCAUCUUCUGGCGCGGGGGGCUCAGGGAGUUCGAGGGCCUUGGGGAGCGACGCAGGGUGGUGGCAGGCCCCCAGGUGCGCGUCCUCGCACACAGAGCCUGGGGUGGGCGUCCGGAGCCCCCUGCCGCGCCUGCCCGCCCUGCCCACCGUGGCCCCGCGGGCGGCGCAGGAACGCACAGGGCUGAGGUCGCUGCUACUGCCGCCCCUGCUCCUGGCUCGCGCGCCCCGGGCACCGGCGCCCCCGCGCCGCGGACCUGGAGAGUGCGAGGACCCCCGAAGGGGCUCGGCCAAGGAGGCCCCGGAGUCCCUGGGUGCCCUCCUGGGGGAGCUCCUCCUCCCCAGCAGGUUCCGGGGGUUCCUGCGCCAGCUUGGGGUGGAGCGUGAGGAGGAGCAGCCGCAGCCACCGACAUCGCCACAUCAAAGGGGUGUGUCAGAGCACUGCCGGAGGUGUCCUCAGUGUCCCAACUACUCCUUCCUCCCAGACCUGCGGGGCAAGUCAUCGUACUUCCGGAAUAGUCUUAAGAAGAUUUUGCUCCAUCAGAUACCUGCCCUGGGGCCCCUGAAGAGAGAUCACUCACAAUUCACCACAGUCAAGAAGGCCAACCACUCCUCGGGGGAAGGCUCAGGGCCCCGCAGGCGGUGCUACCCCUUCCGAGUGCGAUUUGCUGACGAGACCCUACGGGACACAGCACUCCGCUACUGGGAGCGUAGCUGUGCAGUCUGGCAGGGCAGCCUCGAGAACGAGAACGGGACAGCCACCCAGUCGGCGGCAUCAGAGCGGGUGUUCAGGAGUGUCGGGAGAUGGCUGGAGAGUUUGCCCAAAACCCUGUACUCCAGAGCCGUGGAGGAGGCCACGGCCAGCUCACGGGCUUCUGUCCCCCUCAGGCCCACCCAGGAGCCGCAGGGCCACUUCUCUGAGGAUGCCUCCGUGAACAGCAGCCUGCCGUUCAUCCCCAGGGCCACCACCCAGAGGCAGCGGGGUGACCUCAAAACCUUCCUGGGCACCCACAGCAUCCUGGAGCAGGGGGGCAAGUCGCCCUCCUGGGGCCAGAAGCUGGAGUCCUUCCUGCCCAGCUUGGUGCUGCACACGGUCCUGAAGCGGGGCCGCCCCAAGGGGUACCAGCUUCUCCUGCCUUCCACAACCCCGCAGCGGGCUCAGAGGUGAAUGGCCGCUGGACCCCAACUCCAGGCCAGGACACGGCGGGCGAGUGAGGAGAGGCCUUCCCUGCCACACAAAUAAAUGCACAUCCCAGGCGGCUGGGACCUGCUGCCUGAUCUCACCCUAUAAGCCUCUCCAGGUGUCUGGUUGCUGGUCUCCUCAGGGUCCUAGACCAGGGGGAUAGAGGGGGCGGAG